UGGAUUGUUUCUCACAAAAAGUUCUCUCCUUUCUUCAAAUGUUCACUACACCUUAUCUCCUACCUCCACUUUCCUUCCAUGGCUUCCCCUGCCGCGCCUUCUCCUCCUUCCCUCUCCUUAAACCAAACUUCUCACUUCCAACACCGAACUUCCCUAAUCACCUGCCUUAAACCUCCUCCUCCUCCUCCUUCCUCCCUCUUCCGCCAAAAACGCCUAUUACUCCCAAUCUCAGCAUCUUCCUCCUCUUCCACCUCUCUCUCAAUCACCGACAAACCCUCCCUCCAUUUCAACGGCAACCUCAUCGAGAGCUUCGAGAAUCACUCCCCAACCAUCAAAGCCUCCACCUUGAUUGAGAAUCCCAUCGAAAGGAACGAACUUUCUGCAAGGAGGAGGCUCUUCACGCAAGACCCACCAUGGAUCUCCGCCCUCUUCCUCAAGGGUCUGACCAGAACCCUCGACCAGACUCUGAAACUCGAGAGGCAAGACAUGGGGAAGAGAAAGUUCGAUGCUUUGAGGAGACGGCAGGUGAAGGAAGAGACGGAGGCGUGGGAGAAGACGGUUGAGGAGUACAGAGACUUGGAGAAGGAGAUGUGCGAGAAGAGUCUCGCCCCCAACUUGCCUUACGUGAAACACAUGUUCUUGGGUUGGUUCCAGCCGCUGAAAGACGUGAUUGAGAGGGAGCAGAGGCUGCAGAAGAACAAGAGCAAGAAGGUUAGAGCGGCUUAUGCUCCCCACAUUGAGCUCUUGCCUGCUGAUAAAAUGGCGGUUAUUGUGAUGCAUAAGAUGAUGGGUUUGGUUAUGUCGGGACAUGAGGAUGGGUGUAUCCAAGUUGUUCAAGCUGCUGUUAGUAUCGGCAUAGCUAUAGAGCAUGAGGUGAGGAUUCAUAACUUCUUGAAGAGAACUCGGAAGAGGGACACAGGGGACUCACAAGAGGAAGUGAAGGAUAAGCAAUUGCUUAGGAAACGUGUUAAUAGUUUGAUUCGUAGGAAGAGGAUUAUUGAUGCAUUAAAAGUGGUGAAAAGUGAAGGUAUCAAACCUUGGGGGCGAGCUACACAAGCUAAGCUUGGAAGCCGUCUGCUAGAACUAUUAAUCGAAACAGCUUAUGUGCAACCUCCUCUGACCCAGUCAGGGGACUCUAUACCCGAGGUUCGACCUGCAUUCAGACACAAGUUUAAAACUGUGACCAAAUAUCCAGGGUCUAAGUUGGUGAGGAGGUACGGAGUUAUUGAAUGUGACUCACUCCUGCUUGCUGGCCUGGAUAAAUCUGCUAAGCAUAUGUUAAUUCCCUAUGUUCCCAUGUUAGUACCACCAAAGAGAUGGAAAGGAUAUGAUAAGGGUGGUUACUUGUUUUUGCCUUCGUAUCUCAUGCGUACUCACGGAUCCAAGAAACAGCAAGAUGCACUUAAAGAUAUUAGUUCCAAGACUGCUCAUAGAGUUUUUGAGGCAUUGGAUACACUUGGGAACACCAAGUGGAGGGUCAAUAGGAAAAUACUUGCUGUGGUGGAAAGGCUAUGGGCUGAUGGAGGCAACAUUGCAGGCUUAGUUAAUCGAGAAGACGUUCCCAUACCAGAUAAACCUUUAUCUGAGGAUCCAGAAGAACUCCAGUCAUGGAAAUGGAGUGUUAGAAAGGCCAAGAAGAUUAACAGAGAGAGGCAUUCUCUAAGAUGUGAUGUUGAGCUCAAGCUUUCUGUGGCUAGAAAAAUGAAAGACGAGGAAGGAUUCUACUACCCUCACAAUCUCGACUUCAGGGGCCGUGCAUACCCAAUGCACCCUCAUCUGAAUCAUCUGAGUUCUGAUCUUUGCCGUGGAACCCUGGAGUUUGCUGAAGGACGUCCACUUGGAAAGUCAGGCUUGUAUUGGCUCAAAAUACAUUUAGCGAACCUCUACGCAGGUGGUGUUGAAAAGCUUUCACACGAUGGGCGUCUUGCUUUUGUGGAAAACCAUUUGGAUGAUAUAAUAGAUUCAGCUGAAAAUGCUAUUCAUGGGAAAAGAUGGUGGUUGAAGGCUGAGGAUCCUUUUCAGUGUUUGGCUGCUUCUGUCAUUCUGGCACAAGCCUUGAAAAGCCCUUCACCUUAUUCUGUAAUCUCCAACUUGCCUAUUCAUCAGGAUGGGUCUUGCAAUGGUCUACAGCAUUAUGCAGCUUUGGGAAGAGAUAGUUUUGAAGCAGCAGCUGUUAAUCUAGUUGCUGGUGAAAAACCAGCUGAUGUCUAUUCUGAAAUUUCAUUGAGGGUCCAUGAAAUAAUGAAGAAAGACAGCAGUAAGGAUCCUGAGUCAAACCCAACCGCAGCAUUAGCAAAGAUCCUUAUCAAUCAAGUGGACAGGAAGCUGGUAAAGCAGACGGUAAUGACGUCAGUAUAUGGUGUUACCUACGUUGGAGCACGUGAACAGAUAAAAAAAAGAUUAGAAGAGAAAGGUGUUAUCACUGACGAGAGAAUGCUAUUUGCUGCUGCUUGCUAUUCUGCUAAAGUGACACUAGCAGCCCUUGGAGAGAUAUUUGAAGCGGCACGUGCCAUUAUGAGUUGGCUUGGUGAUUGUGCUAAGAUAAUAGCUUCUGAUAAUCAUCCAGUGCGAUGGACCACGCCUCUUGGACUUCCUGUUGUGCAACCCUAUUGCAGAAGUGAAAGACAUCUGAUAAGAACAUCUCUUCAAGUUUUAGCUCUGCAGCGAGAGGGUAACACGGUGGAUGUUAGGAAACAAAGAACUGCGUUUCCUCCAAACUUUGUGCACUCGCUGGACGGCACUCACAUGAUGAUGACUGCUGUUGCAUGUCGAGAGGCUGGCCUAAACUUCGCAGGUGUGCAUGACUCCUACUGGACGCAUGCAUGUGACGUUGACACAAUGAACAGAAUACUUAGAGAAAAAUUCGUUGAGCUUUACAGCACACCGAUCCUUGAAGACUUACUCCAAAGUUUCCAAGAGUCAUACCCGAAUCUCGUGUUUCCUCCAGUGCCACAGAGAGGUGACUUUGAUUUAAAGGAAGUGCUCAAAUCACACUACUUUUUCAACUGAGUCCUGCACGUCGCACCACUGGGGAAGAAAGGAGCAAGUUUUGGCUUUUGGUGGCCUGUAAAUAAACAUCCACCACCUCAGAGGACAUGGGAAUGAAACCAGAAUCUGCACGAAAGACUGCUACCGCAAGCACAUUUAAGAUUCUAACACAACUUCUUGAAGAAGUUUCUAGCUCAACAGGUAGGUCCUAGGCAGUGUUAAAUAAUCAAUGCAAAGUUAUUGCUUCAAGUUUUUCUUUUUUGGAAUGAGAGUAGGUUUAGUUAUGUUGUACCGUUGUACAGGAGAGAGACUUCAUAUAGAAACAAGAACUCAAACAUCAGAAGGGGACUAGUGUUGUAGGAACCUCUCUGUGAUUUUGUAGCCUACUCUUUUUUUGUCAAAAGAUUGAGACAUCUUUGGGACUCAAAAGCUAAUUAAUCAGUUAUGUUGUUGAGAUUA